AUGACCGCACUUGCCGAUGUCACCUUCGACCCAACCCAGGGCCCAAUGACCCCACCCCCAACACCCGUCAUCCACGAAUCCCAACAACAGAUCGGAUCUGAAGAUACAAGCAAAAUGACCGUUUCAGCACAUCAUCUAUCCCACCACUCAAUGGUACCUGAGUUUGUGUCUGCAUAUACCCUUGGCGAUGAGCUCGGUUCUGGAGGAUUCGGAUUUGUUGUCUCGGCGACCCGCAACUCGGACCAAAAGGAGGUCGCGGUCAAGUUCAUUUUCCGUGACAAGGUGCCUGUCCAUGGUUGGGCCAAGGACCCCGAGCUGGGAGUCAUCCCCAUGGAGAUCUAUGUCCUCCGGAAUGUGGCCCAUGCCAACAUUAUUGGUUUCAUGAACGUCUACCAGGAUUACAAGUACUUUUAUCUCGUCAUGGAGUUGCACGGUACCCCCUGGUCGGCCAGUAACCCCCUAUUGAACAACAUGCAAGGAUCGAUGCUCGGCGCGAUGGCUCAGGCGACCUUGAACCAGAGGAAUCCCGCUGCAGCUGCCGCCACCGGAUCUGCAUCGACGACAAGUUCAGGAUCAUUCCAGGUCACAUCCACAUCCUCCUCUUCUUCUUCAUUGAACCAACUGUCUGAUGACGAGGCUCACCAACCACCAAAGUCUGCCCUCCUUGUCCGCCGCACGUCCUGUGAUCUCUUUGAGUGUAUCGAGCACCAUUCCAAGUUCACCGAGAUCCAGGCUCGUGUGAUCUUCAAGCAGAUUGUGGAGUGUGUCCACUACCUCAACUCCCGAGGCAUUUGCCACCGCGACAUCAAGGACGAGAACAUUGUUAUCGACAAUGACUUUCGGGUUAAGUUGAUCGACUUUGGAUCGGCCGUGAUUAUUCCCAAGCCUCAGGGCAAGCUGUUCGAUCGCUUCUAUGGUACCAUUAAUUACGCCUCGCCUGAGAUCCUGAAGGGAGAAAAGUACAGGGCCGAGUCAGCCGAGAUCUGGUCGCUCGGCAUCCUCCUCUACACCAUCCUUUACGGCGAGGUCCCCUUCAACGACCCAGUCCAGGCUAUCUCUGGUUCCUACAUUCCCCCCCGUGUGAAAUCCUCUGGCGAGUGUCUGCAUCUGUUGAACUGGAUGCUUGCCAAGAAGCCCGAACAGCGUGCGACCAUUGAGGAUGUUGCCAAGCACCCUUGGAUCGUCGGUGUCUCCAUGCCCAAUGUCUAG